CCGAAUCAAGACGUGCACCUGUAUAGUGAUAUAUAUCACGUCACGCUUCAAGUUUUUUGUGAUAAAGAAUCUCCUUCCACUGAUUUUCACAGAUUUAAUUAAUUCCUUAUCAAUUAUGACUAAUACUUGUCAUGUAUCCCGAAUAUCAUGAAGAAAAAAAUAAUUAAAAAGUGUUUAGAAAUUUAAAUUUUUACCUAAUUUCCCGCUAAGGUUAAUGUAUUUACAAUUUGUGUACUGGAGAAAUUUGAUUUUUUCAUUAAAUGGGUUAGGAGUUUAAUUACGUCUUCAAAAGUGAAACAGAAAUACGAAUGGAUGAGUUUCGAAGACGAAUAAUGAGAAUGAUAAUUAAGGAUUUCGUCAAAUGGACGAAUUCGAGGAUGGAAAUUGACAUUUUUUAGAACAAACGAAAAUUGUGAUGAAAGUUCAUUUGUGGAGUUUAAUGAGAAUAAAUAAUUUUGAUACAUCCAAAAAUGUAAUUUUGAAGAUUUUUCACUAACUUUUCAAGAGGUAUAGAAAAAUUGUGAUUUAUGAAUUUUGAAGAAGAAUCGCAGGGAAGUUUUACAGAAAUUUGCAUACUGUACAAGAAUCAACGAGAUUUAUUAAAAAAAUUGAAUAAACCUUAAUGAGAAUAAUGAAAUAUUAUUCAAAAACUGACAAUUUUUAUUGAAGAAAAUAGUUAGAAAUUGUAACUAAACUAUUUUUUAAAUAGAAAGUGCAACAAAUUUUCUUCGGAAAGAAGAAACGUUUAUAAAGAACUAAGAACCUUAACAUCAAGGAGUGAAAGAUUGAAAAAGUAUUUUCGCUUUGAAGAAAACAAGUGGAGGGAUUUUUCUCUAGAUUGGAAAGAAAAAUAACACUUUAUCUAUAUAGAAAGGGCAUGAGUAACAACUCGGAUAAAGCUUUUCGUUUCUUGUGAUGGUGCAUAACUCGCUCAAGGAUCGAAUGCAAGUGACGAUUGCGCGAAAAGUUUUGUAGUGAUUACGUUAAAGUUUUGCCAUCAAAGUUUCGGUAUCGUUUACACUGGAGGGCUAAGAGAAGUUAUCAUGUUAGUGUGCACGUGCAUGUUAUGUAUGCGAGUUAACAUGUUUUCAAGUGUAAGUGUCGUCGCCUUUCGCGAAAGUUGCUAACGACUGCCGUAAGUAUCAUUCGAGCAUAAAUGUCACAUCAUAAACUACACAAGGGAAGCACACACAGAUUUAAUUAAGAACUUGGAGGCACUAUAAAAAAAGUUGAGAGAUUUGAUGAUAAUUUUAUCAAAAGCCCUCUCGCAGGGUUAUGAUUCAUGGGCUGAAGAAAAGAGAAGAGACGCUAAAAAGAAUGUAUUUUCUUUGAAAAAUCAAGAGUCACUAAACGGAAAUGGCUUUGAGAUGGCAAAUCAGACUUUACAUUGUCGCCAUAUUCAUCAUAUGCAGAAAAGAUACUUUGAGUCUGGGGAGCCGUACAAUGGGCAGUAUAGAGAGGCACUCAAACCAAGUUAGACCCCGACAGCAAAUGCUCGAUCACUCGACAGGGUUGAAGACGAAACUUGAGCCAUCAUUCGACUAUUCUCAGACUACCAAUGUCACGGCCCUCGUGGGCAAAACUGCCUAUCUCACCUGCCGUGUUAGGAACCUUGGUGACAAAACGGUGUCAUGGAUGCGAGGCCGUGACAUACAUAUUCUGACUGCCGGAGGUUAUACCUAUACAAGUGAUCAACGAUUUCAAGCUCUACACAGACAAAAUUCUGGACAAAACAGUGAGUGGUCGGAAUGGACGUUAUGUAUCAAAUGGGCUCAAGAACGUGAUCAAGGGAUCUACGAAUGUCAAAUUUCAACAAUACCAUUGAUGUCGCAUCCAUUUCUACUUAAUGUUGUCGUACCUACGGCAGCGAUUUUGGGAGGUCCAGAAUUAUAUGUGGGAGCAGGAAGCACAAUAAACCUUACGUGUGCCAUCCACUUUAGUUGGGAACCUCCAGCUUAUAUUUUUUGGUACUACAACGACGCCGUUCUUAGCUAUGACAGUCCCAGGGGUGGUGUGUCAGUGAUAACCGAAAAGGGAAGCGAUGUCACCACUUCAUGGCUGCUUAUUCAAGCAGCACAGCCAUCUGACUCCGGGGAGUACAGUUGCAAGCCAAGCAACGCCAAGACCGCAAGCAUAAGGGUCCAUGUUCUCAAUGGUGAACGACCGGAAGCAAUGCAAACAGGAACUGCGGGUCCUAUUCUAUCCUCGAGUUGUCUUUUGGUGUCUCUCAUCAUUUUGUACAUAUCAUCAGUGUAAUCAUAAACAAAAUCAUGAAAAACUAAACUAAUACAAGGAAAAGAUUUCGCCAGGUCAGUCAAAAACAUUGUCAUUCAUCAGUUUCGUAUUUUUAAUUUUGAUUUUAUUAGUUUUAACAUUCAACUAAUUGUUAAGAGUAAGAAUUCCUAAAAAGUACUACUCGAAACAAAAUAAUUUUAUUGUUACUUAAAGUGUUCUUUUUCUUAUAGUGUUUUAUAUUAAAAAUCAUUAUCAAAUGUUUUUGCAGAUUAUUUUUUUGAUGCUAUUAUUAACAGUGAAUACCUAUUUAUAGCAUAAAUAAAAAUAAAAAAUUUUUUUUAAAAAUUUGACAUUUAACAUUUUUUUUAAAACAAUAAUUUCAAAAAAAAUUUCUGACUACAUUGUUUUUGUCUUAAAUCAAAAUUUGAAAUGAAAUGCCAAGCGCCAUGAUCCUUAAGAUACACAUAACCAUUUGAACUAACUUCCUUGCUUGUGACAUUCAUCUGUUUUAAUGCGAAGAUGUGGUUGCGCUUGGCAGUACGUGCAUGUCGCGUCGUGUAGGAUAUAAAAAAGAUAUAAUGAUUUUAUUCAGUUGCUAAUGCGUGCCAUUUCUUUCUCAACGAAAUAUUAUUUUGAAAUUUUGAAAGAAAGGAAUUAUUUAUUUAAAUUCAAUUCAUUUAUAAAAAAAAAUCCACUUGAAACUCUAAUCAAGGCAAAAACAAUGCAAACUUAAUCAUCACAAACAAUUAACAAAUUUUUCAGAUAUAAAUAUUUAAAAUGUUAAAAAUAUUCAAUAGUUAAUAUAAAAAAAAAAAAAAAUUUGUUAAAUCUUUUGAUAUCAGUGAUUUUUAAUAAACUAUGAAAAAAAUUUUAACAAUAAAAAUUAUUUAGUGUUGGGUGGAGUGUUCGAAGAAAUUCUUACUCUAUUUAUAAAAAGAUAAGCAUCGAAAAUAUUUUAUUGAUCAUCUAAAUUAAAUACAACAUAAGAUUUAAUUUGAAAUUCCAUCCAAAGCAAAAAUUUUCUCUCAUGCAUUUAAUUCGUCUUUUAAUAACAUUAAAAAAAGGCUUUUUUCAAAUUAAUUAAGAACUCAAGAAAUUGACGAAUUCGAAACUUUUAUAUAAAAUGAAGAGCGAAAUUUUUUCCAUGUACCUUGAUUGUAGAAAAUUCUUUCAUCGCUUUUACUGUCGAUGCCACUACAGGUUUAAAAGCUUAAUCUUGCUAAGCCGCGCAAGUCCGUAGACUGUUCUUAGUCGGCACUGAAAACAAAAAAAAAACCAGAACGACAAUCCGAAUAAUCUACUACUGCGGAAACGACUCAAGGGAAAAACGUGAAAUGGCUAAUGAUCUUAAGUCAGUUAUCUUUACAAAACUUCAACCUAACAGGAUUAAAAAUAGUUUCAAGAUUUUAACGCAGAAAAAGUAAAUAACAUUUUUCGUUGCCGUUAUUUUUAAGAUUUUAAUCUUCUGAAAUUUGGGAGAGAUUUAAAUUGAUCAUUUAUUUGUAAAAUAAAAUUUUACCCUCAAUUUUUUUUAAAUUGAACUUUUAAUCUUUUUCGUGACAAUUAUACGACAUAUUGUUUCAAAUAAAUUAUUUAGUAGAUUAAAAAAGGGUAGUGAAAUAAAUUUAAAAUUGGUUGUUGUUUCCCUUCUGCAGAAUAGAACAAUGAACGUAAUUCGACCGUGUUUUUUGAUUAAUAUUGAAAGCUUUUAAUUUACCCGUGGAGGCAACGUUGGUAAAGUUGACUCUGUAUAUAGUCUCUGUAUCAUAAAUAAAAUUGUGCGGCAGAACAAACGUUAUGCCGAAUGCAAGAUGAAUUUUGUCGGAUGGACUACAACGUCGAAUAAUUUAAAGGGGGUGGGGAAUAGAGGUUCUCUUGUUGCAAUUCAACUUUCUAUUCUGUAUAGUGUCUCUUGUAACUGAACUCGUCAAGGAUUCCAGUCAGUGUGUACUUUAAAGUGGAGCUACCCUUUGCAAAUAAAGACAAACUGUGAUGAAUGCGACCACGACGUUCCCUUCGUUAUGUUCCUAUUGUUAUGUUAAAACAACCAUUAAAUGCUUUUCGCAAAUUGUACAAUUCGUGUAUAUUCUUCCGCUCUACAGCUUCUCCCUAUUUAAACAUUAAUUAUUUUUUUGCUUUUAUCUUUAUGUAUUUAAUUUACUUCAUUAAUAUUUGAAUAUCUCGACAGGUGAUAAAUAUUUCUGUAAUUGGUGCCAUAGUUUUUAUUUCAAUUAUUCUGUUACAAUAAAUAUUUUUCAAUAAUAGUUUUUAAAUAAAAGUUUAUUGAAAUGUUGAACUCGAAUCGAUAUUUUGUUUUUUCAUUACACAUCAGGUUUUUGAGAUAAUUGCAAUUUUAAUUUUUUGCUAAUUAAAAUAAUUGUUAUUGAAAGUCGAAAUUUACGACUUAGGGUCACUGAUUACGAAUUUGAAGUCAGAUUUAAAAAAUUCAAAAUGGCGGAUCAAAUAUGGCAGACGAAAACAUUAAGAAUCAAACGGGUUAGCUUUAAAUUUGGUACUUGAGUUUUUUUUGACUUCCUAAUUACAAAUCAGGAAUUACAUUUAAAAAAAUUUAAAUGUUGAACUCCUAGUAAAAAGUUUUUUUUUUAUUCUUCCAAUUUUCCACUUUUUACCUUCCACCUCCCACUCUCUCUUUCCACUGUCACUUUCCAUUCUCACUUCCUACUUUCCACUUUCACCUCCUACUUUACACUUUCACCUCACAUUUUUCACUUUUUACCCUCUACUCCCACUCUCACUUCCUACUCCUACUUUCCACUCCCACUUUCCACUGUCAUUGUCCAUUCUCACUUCCUAGGUCCCACUUUCACUUCCCACUCCUACUUUCCACUGUCAUUUUUCAUUUUCACUUCUUAUUUUCCACUUUCACUUUCCACUUUUCAUUCCUACUUCCCACUCUCACUUCCUACUCCUACUUUCCACUGUCACUUCCCAUUUUCUAUUCUCACUUCCUAGGUUCCACUUUCACUUCCCACUCCUACUUUCCACUGUCAUUUUUCAUUUUUACUUCUUAUUUUCCACUUUCACUUCCCACUUUUCAUUCCUACUUCCCACUCUCACUUCCUACUCCUACUUUCCACUGUCACUUCCCAUUUUCCAUUCUCACUUCCUAGGUUCCAAUUUCACUUCCCACUGUCAUUUUUCAUUUUCACUUCUUAUUUUCCACUUUCACUUCCCACUUUUCAUUCCUACUUGUCACUGUCACUUCCCAUUUUCCAUUCUCACUUCUUAGGUUCCAAUUUCACUUCCCACUGUCAUUUUUCAUUUUCACUUCUUAUUUUCCACUUUCACUUCCCACUUUUCAUUCCUGCUUAUCACUGUCACUUCCCAUUUUCCAUUCUCACUUCUUAGGUUCCACUUUCACUUCCCACUGUCAUUUUUCAUUUUUACUUCUUAUUCUCCACUUUCACUUCCCACUUUUCAUUCCUGCUUCCCACUCUCACUUUCCACUGUCACUUCCCAUUUUUAUUAUCACUUCCUACUCCUACUUUCCACUGUUACUUCACAUUUUCUAUUCUCACUUCCUACUUUUCUUUCCCACUUUCAACUCCUACUUUCCACGCCCACUUUCACUUUUCAUUUUCCACUCUCACUUCCCAUUUUCCUCUUCCCACUUUCCAUUUUCACUCCCACUUCCCACUCCACACUUUCCACUUUUAUUUUUCACUUUUCCUAUCUUGUAAAAUUUUGUCAUUCAAAAUUAUGGGCAGAUCCAAGUCGUGUUUGAGUUUUCAUUGAAUAUUAUCAUUCCUUUAAAGUUUGAAAAAGUUCAGGAGAUUAGAAAAAAUUGCCAAAAGAAUUUUGAAUCAUUGCAAAAGUUUUAACAUUGAGCGAUCAUAAAAUUUUACAAGAUAGGAAAUAUAUUAUAGUAAUAUAUCAAAUUAGUUUUAUUAAAUAGAAAAAGAAAAUAAAUAAUGGAAAAUGGAAAGUGGGAAUGAAAGUAGGAAGUGGAAAGUUGGUAGUGAAGGUGGGAAAUUAAAUUGAAAAGUAGGAAGUGAAAGUUGAUAGUGGAAAGUAGGAGUGCUAACUGGAAAGUGGGAGUGAGAAAUGAGAAAGGGAAAUGGAAAGUGGGAAGUGAAAGUGGAUAAUGGAAAGUAGAAGUGCUAACUGGAAAGUGGGAGUGGGAAGUGAGAGUGGAAAGUGAGAAAUGAGAAAGGGAAAUGGAAAGUGGGAAGUGAAAGUGGAUAAUGGAAAGUAGAAGUGCUAACUGGAAAGUGGGAGUGGGAAGUGAGAGUGGAAAGUGGGAGUAGAAAGUGGGAAGUGUGAGAGUGGAAAGUGAGAGUGGGAAUGAUUAGUAGGAAGUGUGUGUAGCGCAUGCAAAUACUAUUAAUUUUUAAUUUUUUCUGCCAUAUUGAAUCCGACAUUUUGAAAUUUCACGUGUUAGAGAAAAUCUAACGUCAGAUUCGAAUUCAGCAUAAAAAAUUACGUUAAAAAACGUUAUUACUUUUCCAAUUCCAAAAUUUGACCUAAAUUUAUUUUCCUGCGAUAAUAGAAUUGAAAAAAUCGAUAUUUAAUAAUAAAUUUCAUUUGAAAUAUGUGAAAAAUUGCAAAAAAAAAUUGGAUUUCGUCGCAAGUAUAUUACUAGAACAAUGUUUUGAUACUAUAUCGAUUGGACAAUUUGUUGUGGAAAUUGUAUACCGCACGUUUUGCAUAUAAAGGACUGAUCAAUAAAAUGCAAUCGAGAAUAAUGCAAUUUGUCGUUGAAGACAGAAUAAGAUCGAUUUUCAGCAUUUUCUUUUGUGGUAUGUUAAGCACGUUUGGUGAAAAUAAUGAAAGUGUCUCAAGGGUUGAAAUAGUAUAUAUAAAAGAAUACGAAACAAGAAAAAUAGAGCGAAAAAUGUAAGAAUAGCAGGGAACAACUCCUGGGACGAAAGAACAGGAUAAAGCCAAAAUAAAGAACUAAUGUUAUUACACUUUCUUCUAAAAAAAGAAACUGGUGAAAUGUCGAGACUUUUUUUACCAUUAUUUUACAUAAUGGAAUAUAAUUUUAAACAACCAUGUCAAGAGAUUCAAACUUUUUUUUUUUUAAAUUAAAUCAAAUCAACUAUGAAAAUUUUUUUGUUUCAUGUAUAAAAAUAUUUUUAGAAUUAAAAUUAAAGAAUACUUGUACUUUGAAAAUUUUCUUUACAAUUUUUGUAGAGAUUAGUCUGACAAUGUGGUAAUUUUCUUAAAGUAAUCUCUUGUGCCUAACGGCUAAGUACUUAAAAGCAGUGCUUGCUCUUGUAUCAGAAUGACACUUUUUAGAAUUCUUUUUUUCAUUCUAUUCGUCCACUUUAGUUGGACGAGUUUCGAAUUAUAUUUUUACCUGGAAUUCAAUUAAAUGUUUCCAAUUGUCCUACAAACUUUCUGUGUUAUUCAAUCAAAGAAAACAUGGUUUACAUGCAAUUAUCAGUGCUUUACAAUUAAAUUAAUUUUCUGAUUUUUAUGUAAUUUUUUUCUACCUGUUAUUUGCUCAAUUUUUAAAAAGUAAAAUUGUGUCAAAAAAAAAAAUAUAAAAAUCCCUUUUUGUAACUCUACAUUCAGUCAAUAUAUUUUAAUUAAUAUUUAUUGAAUACAAUUUGAAAACAAGUUUCGAAUUAAAAAUUGAGUGUUUAUAAUUCACGUAAAAGAAAAAUCAACAAAAAAGCAAAUUAAAAUUGUAAUCCCAAUUGAAAUUCAAAUCACAACAGAAGAAUUAAAUUUUCAAAUAAAAAUUAAAUAACGAAUGUUAUUACCGAAAACAAUUUUGUUAAAGCGCAGUUGAUAAAUUUUCUGUUAGGGAUUUAAGUCACUUUGCAUUCGACGAAGCGUUUUGCUGUAACAACAAUAAGCACUCUCUGUACUAAUGCAGGGGAUGUUUUCCGCUUUAUGUAAGCAAAGAAUUAAGAUUAUCGAAUUACCAAGGGAAACUGCGACUCGGAAGUGUAAUAAAAGGCGAAAUACUCGAGACGCUGUAGACCUUCAGACAAAUGCAUAAAAAGCAUAAUUCAGUCUUGCAGUGUUAUCGUUAACAUAGAUAGGUAUUACUAUUGUACAUAUUAUCACCCUAUGUUUACUAAAUAAAAAAAGUAUAAAAUA